GACAUUGCAACUUAUGAUUGCAGCCAUAAGAAUAAGAACCAACACUGCAACCUUAAACCCCAAAUGUUCCUCCUCACACGCCUUACCCGCCAAAACCCCUCACGCGCCACGCUCCUCACGCGCCACCUCUCCUCAGCCGCGUCCAAACUCCACUCCAAUUACACCUUCAAACCACCGUCUUCUCUCCCUCCCCAGCCCCAAUGCUCCAAUUUCCCUCCCUCCAAGCCCAACCAGAAAAAGCCCAAGCCCAGGUAUCGGCCCCCCUCCUCCCUCGACCAGGCCGGCCGCAAGCCCGUCCGGUCCAACGACCUGCCCUUCGACUUCCGGUUCAGCUACACGGAGAGCAGUGCCAAGGUGCGACCCAUCGGGCUCAGGGAGCCCAAGUACUCCCCCUUCGGACCGGGCCGGGUCGACCGCAAGUGGACCGGAGUGUGCGCCCCCGCGGUGGACCCCACGGUGGAGAGCCUGGAGGGUCCGGAGGACCCUAAGUUGGAGGAACAGAGGAAGAAGAAGAGAGAGAUGAUUCAAGGAAAACCGCUUUCUAGUGAAGAGAGAAAGACAUUGGUUUCGCAAUUUGAGAGAAGCAAAACUAAUAAACAUGUCAAUCUCGGGAGGGAUGGUCUAACUCACAACAUGCUGAAUGUUAUUCAUAAUCAUUGGAAAUUUGCUGAAGCAGUUAGAAUCAAAUGCAUGGGUGUUCCAACUAUGGACAUGAAUAAUAUUUGUACCCAGCUUGAGGACAAAACAUUUGGGAAGGUCAUUUUCAGACAUGGGGGUACACUUAUACUAUACAGAGGCAGAAAUUAUAAUCCGAAAAAGAGGCCUGUAAUUCCUGUCAUGUUGUGGAAGCCCCAUGAACCUGUAUAUCCCAGACUGAUUAAGACAACAAUUGAUGGCUUAAGUAUUAAGGAAACAAAAGAAAUGCGGAAGAGAGGACUAUCUGUUCCUGCUUUAACAAAACUUGCCAAAAAUGGUUAUUAUGCUUUUUUGGUACCCAUGGUCAGAGAUGCUUUCCUCUCCUGCGAAUUGGUUCGGAUAGACUGCGAGGGACUUGAGAGGAAAGAUUACAAGAAAAUAGGCUGCAAACUCAGGGACAUGGUCCCCUGUAUUCUGGUGACUUUUGAGAAUGAACAAAUUGUGGUUUGGAGGGGGAAGGAUUAUAAGCCCCCGAAGGAUGGAUACUUUCUCAAAGAUCGAGAAUCGUUUGACGACGAUGAUGACUUUUGUGUGGGAAAAGAGCAACAGGCUAUGUAACACACCACAAUCAGAUGUGAUAAUUAAGUGGAAUCUUUGUGCAAAUUGCUGCCAUGAAUCAGAAGUUCCCUUGAGAUUGGAUUGUUGUGUUCUGUGUAAAUGCAGUCAAUGAUGAAAUUUGAGAUAUUUGGAUAUAACAAGAUAUAUCUACACUGUUCUUUUUCCAUGACUCAUUGUAGGCCUUUAAAGUUGUAAGGAAAAAUCUGAAGAUAUAGGAUGAGUUUCUAACCAUAUACUGGCUAUUUAAACUGCAGAGCUGCAGAUAUUGGGGGUUUGGAUUUUUCAUAUUCUCUAUGAUCUACAAAUGGUACACACAGCUGUUUGUUAGGAAUCACAGAUUGGAGGUGUUUAUUUAGAGUUUUUGCCCAUUGUUUUUGUCACAAAUUCACAACAGUCAAUUAGGAAUCAAUUCAUGGUUUUGCUGACAUAGCCAAGCUUAGAAGGGACUUUGGUAUUUCAUGAUGUGAGAGAAUCAUGGAGGAAACUCAGUUCAAUAGUUCAGUACGCAAGUUUGUCACCAUUACCAAAUUGUCAGUUUUAUAUGAAGAGCUAAAUGUACAUAUUAGUAAUUUUACAGUUCAUGUUUGGAUUAGUUUAGUUUUAGAA